UUUGCUGAAACAGACAAACACGCCCUUAAAAGGUUUUCAAGAGUAUCACCAAAUUCCCGCCAAAACUUUUCACCAUUUUUAAAUCUCUGCUCUGCUUCGAUUCAGGAAAGCUUUGGUGACAUGGGAGCUAACAGAAAGAGAAGGGUAAAGGCGUUGGAGCCUCAUUCUGAGAUUGACGCAACCAACGGUUGUAAUGGAGUUGAGAAAUCUGGAAAGAGAAGUGUUCGCCAGCAGUUUCAGAGAGCAACAGGAAAAAUUGAGAAAGAUGAGCAUUCUUCACCUUCUGGAAGGGGUGAAGCUUUAACUUCGAGGCUUGAAACUAAAAUUACAAGUUGUGUGGAAGAAAGUACAGAGUUACCUGUGCUUGACAUUAAUACAGGCGAAAAGCUUCAUCCUUCUGCAAAGAUAAAGUUGCAGCUUUUUCCAAUAGAUGAAAGCACUCGGCUAGGACUAGAAAAGGAUGGAUUUCAUCCAUACUUGGAACUCACUUUAAGUGCUAGGAAGAAGAUAUCUUCUGUACUUAAGCACCUUGAUAGCAAAUGGGGCAGUUCAAGCAUUGCUAUUGGAGAGCCUAUGCUUUUUCCAUAUAAUAUAGCUGAAAAUCUGGCUAGUUACAGAUGGACGAAAAAUGACAUUUGCAUCAGUGCCAGGGAUGUCCAUCUAACCAUUGGAAGCCCAACUGUGUUUCGCUUAAGGUAUGGGUGGAUGUCUGAUCCUGAAAUGAAAACCCUGGGACAGCCUCCUGCACUAGCUCCCUUCAAUGCCUCUUCAAAAUUUGAAGAUGUACAGAAAGAUUGCAAUUCUAACAUGCAGAAAACAUAUGGCAUUGGUGAAAAAACUGAGCUAAGAGGUGAUGAGUCUGAAAAACCAGUCAUUAAAAGUGACGAAAUAGAUGCAGUUGUCGCUGAGAAGAUGCCAUCAAAUGGAGCAGUUGAUUCUAUGGAUACUGAAGUGAAGAUUGAUAGUGGCAUUGGGCAAUCAUUGGCACUGUGGGCUGACAGUCUAACAAACAUAAGCAUAGGAGGCCUGCUGUCAGAAGCAUCAUUGCAGGGCAGGUUCAGUAACUUUGAUCCAAAAUCAAAUGGGAGCAAUGCAGGCUUGCAAUCAUCUCAAUUGAUCUCUGAUUCAUUUGAUGCUUUCCUUUCUGGCCAAAUAAAUCCACCUCAAAAUCCAAGGCCACCAGCUCAGGCCUCACACUCCUCGAUUUUGGAUGCUGAAGAUACAUGCCAUGCAUUUUCAUUUCAAAAAUUUUCUUCUUUACACAAAGAUUCUAUAGCUUCAAGUGGAAGUGCUUAUUCUCAUGCCAGCAGUCAGGAGACCAGCUCUAAGUCAUUCAAACAUCCUAAUGCAAUUGAGGCUAAUAUCCAACCGCAAGGCCAGGCCUGUCAACAAUCAGACACAGAUUUGCUACUUUGUUCGCGAGUAUAUAGCGAUGAAAGCACCCUGGGGCUCUCAGGCAUCAAAUGGACAGACUCUUUGGGACCUUUUGAUCUGGGCGUAAAUUCUUCCCACAAAAUUAUUAGUGGGGACAAUAUUAGCAUCCCUAGCAGUGCUAAAUAGUAGGGUUCCUCUUGAAGAUCUGAACAUACAGGACAUACUAACGCUCGAGGGAAAAGAGAAAAAAACUUUAUUAUUGUAUAAACACUUUGGGCAUGUGAGUUUAAACUAGUAUCUUGUAAAUUUGUGGUGGGUUCCGUUCAUGGGGUUUGAAACUUUGGAAAUGAGAAGAAACAUAGAUGGCAAGCCUGAAAUGAGAAUGUAGACAAUUUUAGUACAUAUA